AUGGACUCGUCAGCAAAUCAAAGUGCGCCCAUGCCGGCGGGGAGUCAGAGGCCCGGGCACCGCGAUAUGAUGUUUUGCCACGAGUGCGCCGACGAGUGGUACAGGGACGAGCGCGGCCUUACCUGUCCGGAAUGCGGUUCAGACUUCACAGAGAUUAUUGAGGAUGACAAUGACCCACGAGACAGCAACAUGUUUGGCUACGAUGGUGAUCAAGAUGACAACUCCAUGCCCGACCUCGAGCAAGCACCGCCGCCUCGCCUGAACCCCCACCAGAACCCAUUCGCAAACGACGAUCCGGACGAAGCGGAUAUUAGCAACUUCAACUUCGUGCGGGUUGGGCCUGGUAGAUUCAACGUCCAAGCUACCAUAACACGGUCGGUAUCUCCGCAAGGCCUUGCAGCUGUCAAUGCGCCUGCCUCCAUUGGUGGCUUCAUGUCAAUGCUCAAUGGGUUGACACGAGCGGCUGUACAAGGGCAACCAGCAGGCCAAGGUCAACAUCAAGGACAGGGCGAAGGGUUGUUCUCAGGCGCCGGCCAAUCGGCAUACCAAGAGGCACAAGGGCAAGAUCAACCUGGUAAUCCUACUGGUCGGUUUACAUACCAUGGCGGGGCACGUUUAGCACCACGAGGCGAUGGCUCUGGUAUGCACGUGGAGCCUGUCGAUGACAUCUCCAAUGUCAUGACUGGUCUGAUGGCAGCACUCGGGGCUCAAAACAUGCCCCAGGGCGGCGAUGGCUCCGGCCGCGGUGGACCAGGCGGGGAGAAUGUACCAGCACCAUUCUUGAACCUCUUCCAAUCGCUAGGUCUUAUACCUGGAGGGGGUCAGAUGGGCGACUUUGUGUACUCUCAAGAAGGCCUCGAUCGUAUCGUCUCACAGCUCAUGGAGCAGACAGCCACCAACAACGCCCCUCCACCUGCUACGCAGGCCGACAUCGACGCGCUGCCAAGGAAGAAGGUUUCCGAAGACAUGCUUGGGCCUGAGCACACCGCUGAAUGCAGCAUCUGCAUGGAUGAAGUCCUGAUUGGCGAGGAAGUGACGGAACUGCCCUGCAAACACUGGUUCCACCAUCCGUGUGUCUCUGCGUGGCUGAGUGAGCAUGAUACCUGUCCACACUGUCGGAAAAGCAUCGCCACUCACGCAGAAAGUGGAGCAGGUGCCCAAGCUUCUGCGUCAGCUCAGCCAUCAGGUUCGCGACAGAUGCCUGGUGCGUUUGAUAGCGUAGCUGGCACGGGCACUCCACAGGACCCAUAUGUCGUUCCCUCGGAUACUGGAUCUGCGGACAACCAAACCACUGGUACCUCGACAGCCACUGAUGCGGCUUCAGGCGGACUCGGCGAUCGGAUACGCAGGGGUUGGUCUGGCCCUCAGUCUUGA